AUGGUUGAAAAUAAGGAAUGGCUUGAAAAAGCUAUAGCGGAAAACUAUAUAAAUAUAUUAGAUUAUGCUGAUUUUAUUGAUUUUAAACACAUCGGUGAUGGGAGCUUUGCAACGGUGAGAAGUGCCAACUGGAAAAGUCGUGGAACAAGAGUGGCUUUGAAAAGUCUAAAAGGAGGAUUAAAGUUUGACGAUGUCGCAAUGAAGGAAUUCAUGCGAGAGCUCAAACUUCUGCGCAAAGUUAAUUAUCAUCCCAAUAUUAAUCAAUUUCUUGGAGUUAUUAAAGAGUAUGCAGAUGGUGGAAGCCUACGUGAUUUCUUAAGAUCGAAAUUUGAGACGUUGAAAUGGACGGACAAAUUUCGCAUUGCUACAGAGAUAGCGCGAGGGCUAGGAUGUCUACAUGCCGAAGAAAUAAUACAUAGGGAGUUGGAUACACAACUUCAUUCGAAUAACAAUACAAUGUCUGUGUACAAAUCUUCAUCUACUAGAUCGAGUUUUGAAAAUGAUGAUUCUCGAAAUGAUGUGGCAGAAACUUUAAAUACGGAAGUAAAGCCCUCUAUUUACUCCAGUUUCGAACCUAGAAAUACAGCCUUUUCAGAAAUUUCUAAUUUUCAAAUAUGCAAUCAAGCCGUAAAUACCAGGAGGAGAAGUUUGUCUCCUGUUAGAGGUAAUUUGGUUCAACCUUCCAGAGAAUAUUGGAAAGAAAAACUUUCAGUGAUUAAAGAAAAUUAUACAGUAAAUUUAUCGGAUAACCUUUCUUUGGAGGAAGAGACAUAUUCGAAGUUAUCUUCUGGUACAAAACCAAUGCUUCAUGUGAAUAAAUUAUAUUCUUUUUCAAAAAAAUGCCCUUCCAGAUCGAAAAACCUAAAACAAACCGUUUCCACAUCAGAUUUCAAAAUUACUAAUUCUUACUCACCAGAUGAUCAAUUUGAUAACCCAACGUCACCAGUUUUCAACCAAGAAAUAGCUUAUCAUCAAAAGAAUGAUUUUGUUUUAUAUAAUGGAAAACCUAUGGAAUCCAUUACACCAGUUAUAGAUGAUAUGCACGCUAUUGUGAUUAAAGAGCAACCAUUUUUCAUUCCCUAUUCUCAAUUUAACAUAAUUGCACCAUUGGAUUAUGGAUAUUUGGGUAGGAGUUUUAAAGUGUAUUGGAAAAAGGCAAAUAAUAUUGUUGCUCUCAAGAAGUUGUAUCUUAGAGAAGAGACACAAGACAGCUUUUUGGAAGACUUUCUAAAAGAAAUAAAAAUACAUUCAAAUAUAGAGAUGUGUAAGAAUAUUAAUCGACUUUUAGGGAUAACUCAUGAUGUUGUAAACAAUAUAUAUAUGCUUAUAACAGAAUAUGCAGAUAAAGGGAACUUAAGAAAAUAUUUAAAAAAUAAUAGCUCUUUUAUGACAUGGAAACAAAAAGUUGAUUUCGCCCUUCAAAUCACAAAUGGAAUUCAAUACUUGCACAGCGAAAAUAUAAUUCAUGGAAAUCUUGAUAAUUCAAAGUCUGUAGGUCUAUCAAAAUCAACAGAUAUUUAUAGUUUGGGAAUAUUGUAUUGGGAACUUGUUAGUGGAUAUCCUCCGUUUAAAAAUUCGAAUGAAACAAAAUUAGUUGAAGAAAUAUGUGCUGGGAAAAGAGAACGUCGAAUUCCAGGUACUCCGGAUGAUUAUUUUGAAUUAUAUUCAGAGUGUUGGAGUGGCCAGCCUGAAAGUCGACCAAAUGUUGAGGAAAUUUAUAGAAACUUGACGAAAAUGAUAGAAAGAAUUAAUAGAGAAGAGAUUGCAAAGAAUACAUUUUACACACUUAAGAAAACUCAAGCACACAAAAAAAGCAAAUCACUAUGGGACAAUAUUUCAUUAAACAAAAACUUUACAUAA